AUGAGGUUCUCAGUUUUUCUUCUCAAUGGCCUCAGCCUCUUUAACUUGGGCUCUGCCUCAACUACCACCAGGUCCACAGGCCAUGUUUCUUACUACUCACGCGAUGCUGAGUCAACCUGUAUAACUCCUGGUAUCAUUCCCAACAUCACAGGCUCUCAGAUCCGCAACGUUGGAGUUGUUCUCUUCCAGGCUCUCGACAUGAUCGAUGUUUUCGGCCCUCUAGACCCUCUCCAGAUCCUCUCGCUCACCGUCCAACAACUCAAUCUUCACCUCAUCGCUGAGACGCUUGAUCCAGUUAGUACAGCGCCUCUGGCUAUGAACAAGUUCAACUCAAGCUUCUUUCCAACGAUCUCCCCAACCAACACAUUUAACGACGACCUCAGCCUUGAUCUACUUAUCGUUCCUGGUGGUCCUGGGGCUAGAAACCCGAAUCUUCAGGCUGUCACUGAUUACAUUGCGAAGAUGUAUCCCAGAGUCAAGGUGUUGAUGACUAUCUGCACUGGUGCCGGCGUUGCAGCUAGAUCGGGUGUUUUGGAUAAACAUCUAGCAACUACUAACAAGAACGCCUGGGCGACUAUGAAAGAUAUGGGCCCCAAAGUGAACUGGGUAUCCCCUGCUCGUUAUGUUAUCGAUGGUAAAGUCUGGUCUUCCUCGGGUGUCACUUCCGGUCUGGACCUCAUAUUCGCCUUUAUCGGUACUUUCUGGGGUGUAGAACAGUCCGAGCGUAUUGCGAGUAUCGUUGAGCAUGUUCCUCGUGUUGCGACUGAUGAUCCCUUCUCGAAGCACUUUAAUAUUACACCCACUGAUGCUCAGCCCUGCCCCCAGAUUUAA